CAACAAAAACAGAAGAAGACGGUUACGGUUCCGCCCCCUAUUUUCAUGUGUCAUUUAUAAAAUAAAAUGAUAGAGGAUCCCAGUUGGCUCCAACUCCAAAUUUUAAUUGCUGUAGUGAUAGAUUUUCAGUUUUUAGUUUGUCGUACCGGUAGAUAUUUAUAUAUAGCCAGUGAUUUUGUUAAAAAGUAGUUUAUGUAGCUUAUCAGCUGACAAUAUAACAUUGUCAAGUUAAUAAUUGUUUACAUGAUAAGUUGAACCGUUGAACUCUUGUGCCCUUUGUAAAGAGUCUUAAUUAUUUAAUAGAAAUUGGUAUGAUUGCAUAUACAAAAUGACGAUGGAGUUCAAGGAUUAUUUUUGGGGCGAGAAAAAUAAUGGAUUUGAUGUUCUCUACCAUAAUAUGAAGUAUGGCUUGGUUGCUAGUAAAGAGUUUACUGAGUUUCUAAGAGAAAGGUCAAGUAUAGAAGAGAAUAAUUCAAAAUUACUUAGUAAGUUAGCUAAGCAAACAGGUAGUUGUUGCGUACAAGGUACAUUUGCCCCCUUAUGGCAAGUCCUGAAGACUUCAGCAGAGCGGUUAUCCGUUCUGCACAUGCAAACGGUACAAAAAGUAACAGAUUUGGCGAAAGAGGUGCACAAGUAUACCGAAGAAUUGCACAAGAAACACAAGUUGGUUAAGGAGGAAGAAUCUGGAACACUGGAAGCCGUUCAAGCGAUGCAAACUGUAACAUUGAAUGUUCAAAAGUCCCGAGACACAUACACUCAACGUAACCUCGAAUUAGAAAGAUUACGCAAAGAAAGCACUUCUGCUAAAGAAAUAGAAAAGGCUGAAGCAAAGCUGAAAAAAGCACAGGAAGAUUACAAAACCUUCGUCGAGAAAUAUAGUAGUGCUAAAGAAGAUUUUGAAAAGAAAAUGUCGGUGACAUGCAAAAAUUUUCAAGAUUUAGAAAUUAACCAUUUAAUUCACAUGAAAGAUUUUAUUACAAAGUAUUCGGAUGUUGUUGAAUCGACACACCAACAGGUGGGAACGGUGCAUUUGGAAUUCCGUCAACAAUGUGUAGAGUUGACUGUGGACCAGUUGCUUGAACAAUUUGUUCAGAGCAAAUCUACUGGAUUAGAACGACCUGGUACAUUGGAUUUAGAGGACCCACUAUUAUCUCCCACUACUACGGAGGCAGAAUCAUCGAAAACAACAAAGAGAGAAGGUAAUGGUCAAAGUGAAUCAGUGCCAACACAUGCCAAAACAUCUCGUCGAACAACCUCUCUCCUAAACCUCUUCAUGUCUAACUCCCAGGGAUCACGUGAAAGUCGAGCGGGUCCAUGCAGUGCUCCUUCAAGUCCUACAACUCCAGAAGGGGAGCAACAGUUGACAAGGCACUCCAAUAGAGGAUCCAAGUGGUUCUUGAGGAGCCGCAGGGACAAAACCAAGCAGAAAAAAGCUAAGAAAAAGAGCAAGGAUAGUGUAGACAACCAGAGCAAUAAAGAAGAAAAAUCAGAUUUGGAGGAAAAGGAUGAUUCUCAGAAAAGUCAACGAACUGCCGAAGUAACAGAUCCUUCAACACAAGAAGUAGAUGAAGAUGGCUAUGUAAUACGACCUGAAGUUACUCACAAUUGGACUGGUGAGAAAGGAAGUUUUUAUUCAUCAUCUGACUCUGACUCAGACGAUGAGAGAGAACGCAAAAUACAUGUAGAAAUUAAGCCUUUGAACAAUGGAUCUGCCCCUAUGUCUGCUUCUGUUGAUGAACUGAGAGCAACUGUUGAGAAUCUUUAUUUGUCUCCUACGGGAAGUUUUACAAGACGUGGAUCAAAUUUGGAUACAGAUCCAGCUAUGAAAAGAUCACAAUCUGUAUCUCAACAAUUGGGAAAACCUAGCAGUGACCUUUUGGGCCUAAACUUUCUUCGAAGUCCCACAGCCUCGAAUGCUUCUACACCGACUAGUUCCCACCCCUAUGCACCUCUGCAGAGUCCUUCACAGCUUGCUUUAAAUUCGCCCACAUUGUCUGUUUCAUCUAGAUACGCAGCUACUGAACUUCAAACAUUAAGCACACCCGAACUUACCACAUUUAGCCCGCCUGCACCUACACUCAUUACCCCGACUCCUGAACUCGGAGAAAUAUUUUCUGAGGAUGGUGAAAUUCAGCAUCCCCCACCAAAGCAUCCUCCGCGUCAGACUCCAACUCCAACUUCUGGUUAUAUGUCAAUUCCAAGACCACCCUCACGCAGGUCUGAUUCUUCUAGAACUUUGUUGAAUCAAGCUACUAUAUCCCGUGCCGACAGUAUAAACAGUUUAGAAUUUCGUACUGCUUCAGUUCCCAUUGGAGUAUCUAGGGGACCCUCUCCAUUAACCAUUGGCAUGGCUGAUACAAUUCCACUUGCUGUUGCCUUUCACGAAAUUGUUCAUUCCUACUUUCGAGGAGCCGAUGAAUCCAGGUGUCAAGUUAAGAUGUCUGGCGAAAUGAUGCUAUCAUUCCCUGCUGGCAUAGUCACAAUUCUUGCUAAUAAUCCAAACCCAGCGAAAUUAGUAUUUAGAGUUAAGAAUACUCAUAGGCUUACUAGCAUUUUACCAAAUAACCAAUUAGUUUAUUUAGACAGUGGACAAUCUGCAUCUGACCAUAUAGGAAUUGAGUUCAAUAUGUUUGCAUUAAGUUCUUUACUAAAAAAGCAGUCUGAGCAAAAUCCUAGUGCUUCGUAUUUCAAUGUUGAUAUUUUGAAAUAUCAGAUCAAACCAAAACCAGGAGCAAACUCAUGUCCAUUCCAACUAGUCGCUUACUGGAAAUGUUCAAGUGCCCAUACAGAUCUAAAAAUCGAUUAUAAGUACAAUUCUCAUGCCAUGAGUUCACCGACUCCUUUGUUGAAUGUUACUAUAGCAGUACCUGUACCAGGAACAGUAAAGGUUAUGCAGACCAAGCCUACAGCUCAAUGGCCUAAUGAACAUAACCGGAUUAUUUGGAAGUUCACUGAGCUCUCCCAACACUCCGAGAAUCAUGGAGUAGGUUCAGUUGCCGCUCGUUAUGAUCUUGAAAACGGUCCUGGGUCUCCACAAACUGUGAUUAUUCAGUUCAACUGCGAAGGAACAACUCUCUCAGGAAUUGAUUUCCAACUAGUAGGUCCCGGCUAUCGGCUAUCCCUAGUCAAACGAAGGUUCGUUUCUGGAAAAUAUAUUUGUGAUGGUGAUCAGAAAUUCGGUUCAGGAACUGGUACGCCAUCCACAUCUUCUGUUGACGAACGAAAUUGCUAGCAUUCCUACAUAUCCUGUGCAAUACCCAUUAUCUGUUUGGUUUUAAUACAUUAUUAUUUUUUAUUUAUGACAAUUUCCAUGUUAAAUAGCAUAUAGCAGGGGUGGCCAAGCUCAUUGACACUUGGGGCCACUUUUCACAAGUUACAAUUUUUCGCGAGCCUCAAUUAACCCACUAACCGCCAAGGUAUGAAAUAUGUAAGUUUUUUAUAAAAAUGAUAAGGUAUGCGACCCAAAUAAGGCCCGCGUUAUUUAAUUAUUUUUAAAUAAUUAUCAAAUAUUCUACUUAAUUACUCAAAGCAGUGGAAAACGAAUGGAAGGUUUAUGCUCUUUUAUUUUACUAUGGUAAAGUUUAUCCAAUUUUAAUGCAUUUAAAAUGAUAACGGUUUUUGCAAAAGCCGUGUUGUGGCCUUAUUGGGUACAAUGAUUCCAAAAAUGGUCCACUAGUUAAUCCAAAUAACGCCCACCUGUUUUUUAAUUGUUUUAUUUUGUUCAUUUAUUUGAUUUAUGAUCUUAGAUGUUUAUAAAAUCAGAUACAUAUUGUUAACUGUUUUUGGGAUAUUUUAUUGCAAGAUAUCCAUUAAAUAAAGGCAUGUAUUAAAUCAGAAACACGUUUAUUAACCUUUAAGAAAUUUUAGAGUUUUGUAAUAAUCUGCAGCCUACAAAUCACACUUUGGACAAAAAAAUGUAGGUAUUUUGUUUCUGCUUAUUAGUCCUAAACAUUCUUCGUAAACAUAUUUAAGGCGAUUUGUGCACAGCCUCAUAUCUGCUAUUCUGUCCUCUUGACAUAAGUAGCAAAACCAGCUAUCUUCUUUUUCUCCUGCAUUACCUUAGACUGCAUGCUACUUGGACCUGCUUGAAGAGUAUCUAUCUUUUAAGGAAGGUUUAAUUUUUCCUUUAUUUUGCUUGUCAUUGAGUGAUUUUAGUUUUAUAUCUUCUCCUUUUUUCGGUUUCGUCUCUUUUCCCCCAUCCUUAGUAGGUUUUUGUCUUGAUUUUUAUCGUCCUUAGUAGUAAAUAGAGCUUUAGUUACUGUAACAGCUCUAUAUAUGUGAUUUUGCUCGUGGCUGGACAAUUGUCUUUUUCACUUUAGGGGUAGGAAGAAUUUCCUAAAAAAAAGUGUGAAAAGAUAAGAUGUCAGAAACUGAAGUUGUACUUGAAUCUGAAGAAUAAAUCUUAGGAGGAGAUUUUUUUUCUUGAUCUCGCUCUUGUAUCAUUGGUGUCUUAGUACCUACUGCUAUUGGCCCUCGAUUUUGAGGUGUUUCUUCAUUAUUUACGUUAUGUCGCCUGGAAAGUUCAGAUGUAGUAAAUGCUUGUUCCGGGAUAACAUUAGAAUAGAUGCCUGUGGCACGAAACCCAAAAGCAGCUCUUGGCCAGACUUUGGAAAAUAUUUUUCCGAAAAUUCUUUUAUUAAUCGUACGCUCUUGGUCAGUUUUUGUGAUGGCCCAGUACAACAAAACCUUUUGGUCCCAAUAUUCUUCAAAAGUCGCAAAUACAGAUUUGUCCAUGGGCUGUAGCUCGUGGGUGGUGCCAGGAAUAAAAAAGUAUGUAAUUCCGUUUAAGUCAGCUGCAUCAACAAUACCUGCGUCUAAGUGAGACUUAGCUCCAUUGAAAAUAAGUAAAACGGGACCUUGCAGUUUGAACUUUGCAAAGUGAUGCACCCAUUUUAUAAAGGUUGAUGUUAAUGUUGUCAUUGAUCCUUUCUCUGUCAUUUCAAUGGUCUAACCAGCUGGAAGAUUAAUUUGCCAUUUGGGCUGCAUUCUUUAUCCUUUGAAGAUAAUCAUUGAAGGUAUGACUUGGCCUAGUGCGUUUUCACAUGAAACUAUGUUAACAUUUUCACCAUGUUCAGGGGCAACCAUAUGUACCCUUACGCAGAAGCUAUACACCAAGCUUCAGACAAAACGAAGACCCAAGAAUUUUUUGGAUCCAAAAUUGAGUGGUUUCAAAUGGAAUCACUCGUAGGUAUACUAAAAAAAUUUCAUUUAAAAAAGGUAUUAAGAACGAUUUAAAAAGACUCUGGUGUAUAUAGUCAUCAAAACUGACUUUAAAUAAAUAAACAUUGCUGAAACUAUACAGGCACCAAAUAAGACCCGUGGGUCUUGCUUAGGACUCUACCGGUGGGCCGUAAUAGGAACAGCUUCUUUACCCAUGUCUUGUUCUAUAUUUUUAUGAAAAACUAUAAAUACUUGAACGUUACAGUAGAUUAUUUUAAAUGAUGUCUAUUGUACAAAUUAUAAACUAACAGAUCGUAUACAGGGUGUUUCAUUAACAAUUGUCCAUAUCGUAACUGGAGAAACCUUAGCACAAAAUACGAAGAUUUAACCCAAAACACUUAAAUAAAAUAUUCUUCCUUACCGAGAUACAGAGUGUUUUAUUACAAAUGUUCUAAAAGGAUUUUAGCCCAUUGUUAAAGCACCUUUUGUUUAAACUUGACACACAGUUCACACAUGUUAGGAUACUUUAACUAGUGUUAAAAGAUAGUUUUCCACUGUUACCAGAGGCGUGCUGUAGGGAUAUUUACUUCCUUUUCGCCCCUUUCCCCCUUACAAUCUACGCCACUGUCGUAAUAAUCAGUUCAGCAUGUUUUCUUGAUACUUCGUUACUUUUUACGUAAGUAGAGUAAGUAGGUUUCAAGUUAUUUGCGUUUUAAUGCAAUGGAUUCAAUAAAAUUAUGUAUUUUAGACACGUAAUCUUAUUGAGUGUAGUUUAAAAUACAUAGUCUUAUGGAGUCCAUUAUCUUUAAACGGAAAUAACUUGAAAACUACUUACUUUAUCGCAAUGAGACAAAAGGAUGAUAUUUAUGUAAAAAGUAACAAGGAAUCAAAAAAAACAUGCUGAAAUGAUUAUUACGACAGUGGCAUAGAUUGUGAGGGGGAAAAGAGGCGAAAAUGAAGUAUAUUAUAUCCCUACAGUAUGUUUCUGGUAACAGCGGAAAACUAUCUUUUAACACUAGUUAAAGUAUCCUAGCAUGUGUAAUCUGUGUGUCAAGUUUGAACAAAAAAUAUUAAAAGGUGCUUUAACAAUGGGCUAAAAUCAUUUCAGAACAUUUGUAAUAAAACACUCUGUAUCUCGGUAAGGAAGAAUAUUUUAUUUAAGUGUUUUGGGUUAAAUCUUCGUAUUUUGGGCUAAGGUUUCUCCAGUUACGAUAUGGGCAAUUACUAAUGAAACACCCUGUAUAACCAAUUAUCCAUCACUUUUACUUCGAAUGUUUACUACAUCACUUUUACUUCGAAACUUAUCAGUAAAUUCAUAAAUACCUGAAAAUAGUAGUUUGAUGUACGCCUAGCGUGUGUGGACAAGCAACUGUCACCAACAUGGCGUAAUCACACAUCACACUUAAACUCAAUUUAAGUUCAGAUUUAUCCAUUAGAUGCCAGUAGCGUCCAGAGACAAACAUCACCUUGAGAAAUAUUCAAUUUUGUUGAGUAAAAACAAUCGCUGGGCUUUAUUUGGAACUGGGCCUCAUUUGAGUCGGGUACCUUAUUAGUUAUUUAUGAUCUUUUAAAGACAAACUUGGAUAUAAUCUUUUUUAGGUUACAGGGUGUUCUUAAAAGUGAGCCGCUGAGAGCAAAAGUGGUGUAAGUCAAAGAAUCAAGUUCUCAUCAAAUUAGUGCUCUACUAGAAACUCUGUACACACGAAGGUUUUUAUGGAAUUUGUUGUUUGUACAAGUGAAUGUAUACUAUAUUGCUCAUGCUUAUAGUAUGUAUUUUUACGUAAUAAUUUCCAUAAUGGAGAUUUUAUUAGCCUCUCAAAUGACUUCACCACUUUUGCAGUAAUAUUACUAAAUAGUAAUGACUUACGCUACUUUUACAACAAAUAUGUUGAAUUAAUAUUUGCCGUUUAUGAUUUUCAUUAAACUGGUGUAAGACUAAAUUUAGAUACAGAAUAUUUUUUAUUGCUAGAAGAUUAAAAAAAUAAUAAGAGAAACUCUUAUAAAGGGAAAUCCAUCAUUUUUAAAUUUUAGAAUUUAUUUAAAAUUUAAAAAUGAUGAAAUAUUAAUUAAAAGUAAGAUUAUGUUUAUAUUUUGUUUUUAAAUAUAUGUAGUUAUAAUCCAGUAGAAAGUUUAAUCGAGCUAUAUAAAGCAAAUUGAUUAUAUAUGUCCAAAUAAUUUUUUAAACAAAUUAUUAUUCAUUCAUAAAAAACUUAUGUGCCAAAGGAUGUUAUACUAAUAAUUCUUCAUUUAACAUAUUUAAUAUUCCUUUGCCUAACCCUCUUCUGUUGGUCCAUUUUUUUUUCCAUAAUAUACGGUUUUUUUAAGAAGUGUAUGAUCUUUUUUCUUAAUUGUCAUAAUAAAUCAUUAUUACAUUAUUAAAGCUACUGCACAUAAUUUUAGCUAAUUUUUAAUAUCAUUAUUUACCUGCUUGUUUUAUUUACAUACUCUAAUAAUAAAACAAACUUCAGGUAGGUUAAGUUAUCAAUACAAAAUUGCAUGCCUACAUGCUAAUUUAAAAUAAAGAUAGUUGCAAACACAGACCCACAUACUAAAUUGACUCGCGCGACUAUCUAAUAUUUUUAGUACUGAAAUUAGCAUAAUAGCAAACAGGUCUUACACCACUUUUGCUCUCACGGCUCAAAUAAUGUUGCAUUUUCACAUCAACGGCGGAAUCUGUUAACAAAUUAAUGAAAUGCACUUUUAUGAAUUAUGAGAUUUAUUCAAAAAUUAUUAAAAGUACAAAAGUAGAAAACCUAAAUAGAAUAUUUCUAAAAAACUAUAAAACAUAAUAUUGCAAUUUAUGGAAGCUGUCAAAACAUACAGAGUGUAAAUGUACAUUGCACUUUUGACAUAUAUGGUUUGGCUUUUACAUUGUCUGCAUUUUUUCUUGGUUUUUCAUGGUGUUGUAUUACGAUGUGGUUUACUUUGUCAUUCUCAUUUGUUUUGGUAAUUCUGAAUUUGUUGGCCUUCCUCGUCCUUUGUAUUUAGGAGCUGAUGUACCCUCAUCCUCGCUGGCUGAGAAUAAAUUACCGUCUUCUGAUUUUAUGAGCGCCAUAACAAUAUAAGAGUGGAAUUAUAAUUGCGAUAUUUUAGAAUAAUUUGCCAAUUUAUAAAUUUUCCAUGCAUUGACGAAUGUACUGUCUAUAAUAUUUAUAAAAAGAGGCCACCGCCAUUUCUUUCCUCUUACUCUUAUACGUUAAUUGGCUAUGCCGUUAUCGUGUAAAUCAACAUCAACACUCCCAGAACAAAUUGGCAAAUGACUACAAUAUCGCAAUUACAGUUUCGCUCUUAACGCGCUUAUAAAAUCAAAAGAAGGUAAUUCAUCCUCAGCCAGCGAAGAUGAGCGUACAUCAGCUUCUACAUACAAAGGACAAGGAAGGCCAACCAAUUCAGAAUUGCCGAAAGAAUUAGAGCUGACAAAGUGAUCCACAUUGUAAUACCGCAAUCUGAGAAGUCAAGAAAAAGAUGCAGACAAUGUAAAAGCCAAACCAUAAACAUAUACAGGGUGUCCCGGAAAAUAGUGCGUUCCUUAAAGGUAUAGGUAAAAGGCACCAUGUAGAACAAAAAACUCUUAUAACAUUUUUUUCUAAAUGCAACCGUUUGACCAAAAAAUUAAAAUGCAUUUUGGUAUUCAAAUUUAAAUCUGACAACUAUGUGCGGUACGCAAAUUUAAGCAUAGACAGUCCCAUGUAAAUAGAUAGAAGACAGAUAGUAAACAGAUAGUUUUAAAGAAUCCUGUUUGUUUAGUGUCAAUGUCGAAAAUGUUUUCGAAUCGUGAGUGUAUUACCUAUUAUGUUAUUACGUUGAUUAUUUAUGGCAGAUCACUAAAUGGAGAGGCAUACUAUAAUUAAUUUCUUUCAAAAUGUUUUGUGGUUUACCUGGAACAUCUAUUCGGUAUAGUAAUUAUUUUCAAGUAAGUACAACUUAAUUAUUUCAGUUCACAAGUAAACAAAUUACUGAGACAUUAUCUGGGGUAUUUAAGUUCCACUAUAAACUAUGUAAUUUAGUUAAAGCCCUCAGCAAUACUCAACAUUCAACACAUUUAAACCUUAGUAAAUACAUAAUACUAGUUCAGUUAAAAGAUGUGUAAUUCGUUUAAAAUUAUGCAAUAGGUAUUUCAAUACAUUUCAAAAGAAAAAAUGUUAGUAAACAAAUAGUAAAUAAAUACCUACUAUUAGGUUGGAUUGUUUUUAAAUACUGUAAAUCACAAACGAGUUCUUAUCUGUUAUUAUUCCGUAGUGCGUACGAUGUUGCCAGUUUAUUAAAAUUUCCAAAAAUUAAAAUACAGGUAUAUGGAAAACAAUGUUAUCUUUUUUUGGAAAUGGUUAACUUUAGAAAAAAAUGGUAUAGGACUUUUUUGUUCUAAAUUGUGUAUUCUCUCCAUACCUUAAAGGAACGCACUAUUUUCCGGGACACCCUGUAUGUGCCAAAAGUGCAAUGUACAUUUACACUCUGUAUGUUUUGACAGCUUUCAUAAAUUGUAAUAUUAAGUUUUAUAGUUUUUUAGAAAUAUUUUAUUUAGUUUUACUACUUUUGUACUUUUAAUUUUGAAAUAAAUCUCAUAAUCCAUAAAAGUGUAAAAAUUAUUUCAUUAAUUUUUUAACAGAUUCUGUCAUAGAUGUGAAAACACAACUAUAAGUUUGAAUGCAAUUAAAUUUUUUGAUUUGGUUAUUACUAAAUAUGCAGUGUAUACUUUAUAAAAAUUUUGUAAACCAGUAUAUGUAUAAGCAAAGAGAAAAUUUUACAAGAAGAUUAUAUAGUCAUGACUAAUCACUUAAAAAAUAGCGAAAGUAAUUUUUUUUAUAAAUUAUAAACAGUUAAAUACAGAGAAGGGCUAAAUUAAGGAAUAAAUUAAUUUUCUCUAAAAUGGACGACUUUAGAGAAAAAUCCCGAAACAGGUCGAUUUUGAUGUUUAAAUUAAAAUUUUUUGGCAUAUAUUUCAUACUAGUGACGUCAUUCAUCUGGGCGUGAUGACGUAAUCGAUGAUUUUUUUAAAUGAGAAUAGGUGCCGUGUGGCACCUCAUUUGAAAAGGUGUUCAAUUCUCUAUUCAAUAAUAUAAACAUUAAUAUCAUUAUUUAUACAGGGUGGCCAAAAAACAAAUUUUUAAAUUAAAUUAAUUGACGAAAAAAGAAGAAUGUAUGCAAUUUAUUUAACUCAAAAUACAUUCUAUCACUGUCAGAAAAUAGGAAAUAAUGUUUAUUUGGCAAAUAAACAUUGCUUUUCGCUUAAAUUAAAUGUUCAAACUGCCAAGUGGUAGGUGGGAUUUAAGGUUGGAUAGCUGUUUGUGAUUUAAUUUAAGCGAAAAGAAAUGUUUUUUUCUGAAAUAAGCAUUUUUUUCUAUUUACUGACAGCAAUACAAUGUAUUUUUAGUUAAAUAAAUUACAUACAUUCUUCUUUUUGCGGCAAUUAAUUUAAUUCAAAAAUUAUUUUUUUGGUCACCCUCUAUAAAUAAUGAUAUUAUUAUUUAUAUUACUGAAUAGAGAAUUUAACACCGUUUCAAAUGAGGUGCCACACGACCCCUAUUCCCAUUUAAAAAAAUCAUUGAUUACGUCAUCUCGCCCAGAUGGAUGACGUCACUAGUAUGAAAUAUAUGCAAAAAAAUUGUAAUUUAAAAAUAAAAAUCGACCUGUUUCGCGAUUUUUCUCCAAAGUCGUCCAUUUUAGAUAAAAUUAAUUUAUUCCAUAAUUUAGCCCCUCUCUGUAUAUUUGUUCUAUAAAAUAUUUCAAUGUCAUUAAACCUUUAAGAAUUAAAACACAUGAAGAAUAUUCUAAAAAAAUACUUUCAAAAUGUUGCGUUUUCGCAUCUACGGCGCUUAAUGGGUUAAAUACGUAUUCAAAAAGUAUAUUGUAAAGAAAGUAUUUACAAUUUUUUUAACAGAAAUUUUAUUUAUUGAAAGCAGAAAUAAAAUUAUGUACUAAAUAUUAGAACUUAAUUACCUCCAUUUAUUUUCCUUCUUUUAACAAUUACUUACAAUGUGGUGAAUAAUUUGUGGCAGCACUUUUCAGUAAAUCUUUUAAAUGCUGGUUAUUUAAUACUGGUCGGUGUUCGGAUGUCACGUAUUUUAAAAUGGAACAAAAUUGUCCACACAAGUACGUUGUUCUUAAUAUGGAAAUAAUUCGACAAGCAUCCUUUUUUAAUUUAGGGUACUUCGAUUCUGGUGCAAAUUUCCAAAAUUCGGUAAUCGGCGUCGACUUAUAAUAUUAUAUUCGAGCUUGAUCUUCUUGCUUCUCCAUUAAUUUAAAUUCUCCAGAUGUUGUUUUGAUCAUAUAUUGGUAAUAAAAAAUUCAUUCUAUCCGUAGCAAGAGUUAUACAAAUCAGUUUGGAGUCGGUUGAUUACUGACUUUUAUGUCACGCCACUCUUAAUGCUCAUUCGCGCAGUUUUCGAUGUGUCAUAUCAUUCUUAGCUUGGAUGGAAAUGGAAUUUGUUACAAAGUUGCAUUUAGUCUUUCAUAUUUGUUAUCAGUAAUUUAAAACACAUUUUGAAACACAUAGCAUGGAACGAUAUUUUUUUUCUUAAUAUAACACAAAAUUGAAAACGAACUCAGGUACAUUUUUUAUCGAAGGCCACAAGUAAUCAAAAAUUUAAAAAGCCGCAUCUGGCUCGCGAGUCGCAGUUUGGCCACCCCUGGCAUAUAAUAUAUAGUUUAUGAAUGCUAUUUUAUAAUUAAAUAAAGGAUAAAGCACUUUA